CCUUUGUUAAUUAAUUUCACCAUACAUCCUUCUUCUUGUUUUCUGAGAUUCCCUGAAUUUACCUUUCAGAAAGAUUCACCAUACAGAGAAAAUAUGGCAUCCACUCUUAUCACUACUGUUGAUUCUACCUUAGAUGAUGUUGAGUUGAUGGUGAAACAUGCUUAUGUUUUGAAUCAGAAAGUGUUUAAGCAGAUGAGAUAUAGCUUAAGGAAUCUCAAAACAUUUGUUCUUAUAGCUAGCCGAAUGGAUGACGAAGCGAGUUUAGUAUCUUUGCUACUGAGGAUUGGACACAUUGUUAGCACAUAUGCACACAAAAUUCAUCCUCUUUGUGUUGAUGUGAAGAAGGAUGGAGUUGCUUAUGUGCAUAUUUCCAUUGUUUCAGGGUUCCAGAAAGAAAUCGGAUCCUUGGAGGAAGAAAUAAGAGAAUGGUAUGUCAGGAUGUUGGAUGCAACCUGGAGAUCAUCAAGUCCUGUUAUUACCACAGCUGGUGACAUUUCUGAAAUCAUCACCUCCAUUUUGGAGAAUCUAGUUGGUGAAUUUCAAGGUACAAUCUUACAAGAAGCAACAAAAGCCUUGGGAGAGCAGAUGAGAUUCUUGAAAAGUUUUAUCUGCUUUGUUGAACCCACACAAUGCUUGUUGGCUCAUGCGGAAACUGCCGCUGUCAAUUCUGCAUUUAUCCUUCUCAGGUGUCAGAGAGCUCUUGAUGAAGUUGAUAUAGAAAUGAUGAAAGAAAUCAAGCUCCAGAUUUCAUCAUUGGUUCGAAGAGUGAAGCCUAUUGAUGCUCAGGCUUGUGAGAUUUACACUCAAGCCUUGCACACCUCAAAGCUGUUGAAUCCAUUGCUUGCUUCUCCUGCAGCAAGAGAAAGAAAGAAUUUCUCUCGCACAGUCAUAUCUAAUCUUUGGGAGCUUCUACGACUGAACAUUGAUCAGGUAGUUUCUAUGGAGGAUCAAGGGAAUCAGAUGGAUAACAUUGAAGCCUUUUCUGCAAUGGCGUAUUUCCUCGAUUCCCUCAUAUCUAAUCUAUGGGAGCUGCUACUAAUGAAUAAUGUUCAUGUAGUUUCUAUGAAGGAUCAACUACAGGAGCUAUAUCAAGAACUUAGAUCUUUGAGAAUCAUUCUAAAAAACCAGCACAACAACUUCAAUGUGAAAAUUCAGAAAAAUAUCAGAGCUGCUGUAUGCGAUGCCGGGCUUUUAAUUUUCUCAUUGUUCAAGACAAACACAGAGGAGCAUCUUAGGCUUGGGGAUUUGUUAGAAACAGUAAAGAUAAUUCUAGCAGAGUUUGGAGAAAAAGAUUCAGAAGCACAAAUGCUGGACCUUCCUAAAACUAAUCAGUUGGGUUUCAUUGAUUUUGUGUUACAAAAAUUGAUGGAACACACAAGUUGUGAAUCUUCCAACAGUCAAUAUGUUGAAGCUAUCCAUGCAGGACUUUCCAGCUUAAGAUCUUUCAUGGCAAAAAUUGUGGAGUUGCGCAAUCAACAAGACGAGCUCCAAAGUCUUUGGGAUCGUGUUUUGGAGGUGGCAUACAAGGUGGAGGACUUAGUCGACCACCUACUAGUUGGUGAUCCUGCAAAUUCUUUUCUACCAGCAUUUCAUUCCAUCAUGAAAGAAAUUGGAAACAUUGAGCCUGAAAUUGAAUUCCACAAAUCCGGAAUUGAAGUAAAAGAAAAAGACCAAGAAAUCAAAGCCAAUGAAAGAAUCAGGACUUGCCAGAAGGUGUCAUCAAAAACAAUUCUUCCAAUGGCAUCUGAAGUGGUAGGUUUUGUUGAUGAGGCAGAGUCCAUCAUGGAUCAGCUCACAAGAGGAUCAAAUUAUCUGCGAAUCGUUUCCAUUGUGGGUAUGCCGGGAAUCGGUAAGACCACUUUGGCUACCAAAGUUUACAAUCACCCUCUUAUUUUGAGCCAUUUCCAUGUCCGAGCAUGGUCUCCUGUAUCUCAGGUUGUCGACAAAGACAAGGUAUUACUUGAACUUUUAAAUCAAAUUGAUCCUAACAACAAAUGCUCUGAUCUCCCGGAACAGGAUUUAGUAGAGAGGCUGUAUCGCAAUUUGAAAGGAAGGAGAUAUAUCAUCGUUUUGGAUGAUAUUUGGAGCAUUGAAGAUUGGACUAGUUUGGCAGGAGUAUUCCCUGACGACAAUGUUCGAAGUAGAAUUCUUUUGACUAGUCGUCGUCACGAUGUUGCUCCUCAUGAGAUGCUCAUCAACCAAGAAUCUCAUUUUCUUCGUGGACUCAAUGCAGAAGAGAGUCUAGAAUUGUUGCAGAGGAAGUUAUUUCUAAAAAAGGAUGACUGGCCUCCUGCUUUACAUGAUCUAGGGAUGAAAAUGGCAGGUAAGUGCAACGGAUUACCUCUAAUGAUCAUCAUUGUAGCUGGAAUUCUCGCAACGAUGGAGCCAGAUGGUUGGGAGAAAAUUCUUGAUGAUUUAAGCUCAGGCGAUAAAGCUAAAGAUGAACAUUUUCUGCAUUUCCUAAAAGGGUAUGAUGAACUUUCAGCAUUCUGUGAACCGCGCAACCUCCGGAGGUUAUGCAUUCACUCGGAGGUAGAGCAUUUUAAGGAAUCAAAAUUAUUCUGUCCGCGAGCGCGUUCUCUGCUUUUCAAUGCAUCUCUGAAAAGGAAAAGAUAUGGGCAACAACCAGCAUUGCAGGAUAUCUCAUUCAUGUUUGAAGUCUUCAAACUUCUCAGAGUGUUAGACUUGGAGCAAAUUUGUUUACGUUAUGGAUUUCCAAGUGAAAUGGUUCUGCUUGUUCACGUGGCAUUCCUGGCAAUUCGAGGUUGGAUGACACACAUCCCAUCAUCCAUAGGUAAUCUUCUAAAUUUGGAAACUUUGAUUGUAGAUCCAGAAUACAACACUCUUUUACUGCCAGACAGUCUUUGGAAUCUACAAAAAUUGAAGUAUGUUUGCAUAAAGGGUAAUGGGGGUAGUUUGCCAGUUGAAAAUCUGAACAGUUCACAAGUUCUUUCUGAGUUGCAUAUAUUUUCAGGUGUAGUCAUUCCUUAUUGUGAGAGCAUGGGAAGACUAAUGAGGAAGUUUGCAAACAUCCGUAGAUUGAAAUGCAAAAUUUUCCAUUACAAAGAUGACCCGGUGAAUCUUCAGAAAAUUGCUGUUCCUGACUUUUUGAGCCAACUAGUAUCACUACAUAUGUCACCUUAUGGUGUCUUCAGUCUUCCUAGGACAUUUGAGUUGAGUUUGCCAGCAAAUCUGAAAAAGUUGACACUGUCGAAAUUCUAUCUGUCUUGGAGAAAUCUUUCAACCAUUGGUAAACUGCAGAAUCUUGAAGUCCUCAAAUUGCUUCAUGCAUCCUUCCAAGAAGACACAUGGGAAAUGGAAGAAGGGGAAUUCUCCAAACUUAGAAUCUUGAAAUUGUCCGACGUACAUUUCAAGAGUUGGGAAGCUUGUGAUGAUCAGUUUGAAUGCCUUCAGAAGCUGGUGUUGGAUAACUGUAGAGGUUUGGAAGAGAUGCCUUCUUGUCUAGAGAACAUUUCGAAGCUUGAAACAAUUGAGGUCUCUCAUUGUUCACAAAUUGUGAUAGAGUUAGUGAGACAGAUUGCAGAAGAACAGAUGAACUGGGGAAACUCAGAUCUGAAGGUCACUAUUCAAUCAUUCGAUUUGAUCUCAUGGAAGUGA